AUGAAGGAUCUAAUUAGACAAGCACCAUUUGACAAACAUCUAUCACCCUUAGUACCUUUUGUCUCCCAGGGGAGGAAAAAGCAGUUGCCAAGAGUAGAGGGAAUAUCGAAGUUCAUAAAGCAUCUGAAAUCCCGAGGAAAGAAGAAUGAGCUGUUUAUAGCUGGGGCGACGGCAAAAGAAGCACUGAAAGAGGCCUUUUGUGAAAGAUUCCCAAUAAGAGAUAUAAAGGUAUUUAAAAGGUAUGCUUUUGUGUCAGUCGAGGAGAAUGCAAAUAUAGAUGAUGUCCCUGGGAAGUACCACAGUAUCGGGGGAAAUCUAAUAUACGUUGACUAUGCAAAAGGAGGAGAUCCUAAGUUCAUCCCAAACAGGCUCAAAAAUAGGAUCAAUUUCUGGCAUAACUAUAAAAACAAAUUCAAGUGA